UUGCGCGCUUCUUGACCAAUCACCUGUAAACAAGGAAAAUAUAUUCAAAAUGGCGGACGCUUCUCGGUAUGUUCAAUUCUUUAAAAUUUUCCUCUAUAAUAUCAAUAUUGGUACAAUUAUAUGUAUUUUAUGAUGUAAUAAUUUAUUACUCAUGGGUAGAGAGUACUGUAAAUAGCAAAUUAUUUCUGGUUUUUGCAUUUUCGUUCGUAUUAUGAAGAUUUUAAUUAUCGCCCAGAAAAUGUCGGUUGGUGCGUCUAUUGACUAUUCCCGAACAGUUUUCUUUGUAUCGAAACAAAAUGCUUCAAUUUAUAUGACUUAAUUUAGUCAGAUAAAAUUAAUUUUAAUAUCUCAGGGCCUAUAAGACGGGAGAAGAUAACUACAAAAAUGAUGGAGAAGAUUUAAUGGAACUUGAAGACGGUAGCCUGGUACCGCGGAAUCAAGUUUUAAUGCUUGAUGAUAGUAAUUCAAAAGAGCCAAGUAAUGAGGGAUCUGUUAACGUGCCCGAUUUACCAACAGGAACAACUGUUAAAAUGUCCGGGGAUAAAAUCAUUUCAAUUCAAUUACCUAAGAGUCCAUCGUCCAAAAAAGAAGGCGAUGUUGUUCAGAAAAUAAUUGUGGACCCGAAAGUUGAAACGGUUCAGACUGGAGAUGAUUUGAAAAAGAAAAUUUUUAUAGCAAAUGCCCCAGCAAAAACUCCAAUUAGAAUUCAAAAAAUAAUUCCUGUCAAUACUGGGACCUUCUCUCCAAGAGUAGGACGUCCUCCUGGUCCAAGGGUUGUAACUAUGCAAAAAUCACCCAUAGCAGUGGUUAGGCCACCAACAGUUGUCAAAGUUACUCGCCCUACAACAAAUACAUCUGUUGUAGUCAGACCAGUGACAUCAAAAUCAACUGGAAACCCCAGAACUAUGGUUUCACUUAUAGAUAAAUCGAAAAUUCAGCUAAUGCAACAAAAGCAAAAAGCCGUUAUUGUCAAAAUGCCGACAAGCAAUGUUCAAACUGUCAGUUCCCCACCAUCCCCACAGCGUAUGGUUAAGGUAGUUUCAUUAGCUGCUACUGGAAAGAGUCCCACGAAAGUUAUAUCGUCAGCCACACAUCAAUCAACUUCUUUACGCGGGACUGACCAACCUAUAAGAUUAAUAAAUCCAGGUGUUAGUCAAAUGAAACAUUCAAUAGAAAUGAGUAAAAAUCUUGACAGAAAUGUAAUCAGAGUCGCAGAAUGUAAUAAGAGAGAUGAAGAAUUUUCAACAGGUCAUUCUGAACAAUCAGGAAUUGAAAAUGUGCCAGAGGCUUUAGUCCAAGAAACUGUUGCAGCACAUGAAGAAACCAGCGCAUCAGACCUUCUUGCUGGUCAACCAAUACUUGAAGAUGAAGUCGGUGGUGACGGAUAUCAAAGCGAUAUAUUUACUUCCUCAGUAAAAGAUGAUGACGACGACUUCACAUACACCGCCCCUUCUCUUUAUGCUUCACCCACAACUCAGAUCCUGUCUGAUAGGGUAAAAAGCAAGGGCAGAAAAAGAGGUAGAAGGCCAGGCUUUUCCAACAAAAGUAAUAAAAAACUGGAGCCAAAGAUCGAAGUAGACUCAGCAGCUGGGCAAUCAAGAGCAGGCAGGGAAAGACGAAAGAGUACCAAAGUGAUGGAGAUGGAGGAGGUUUUGCUGAGUAAAAAAAAAAGACGGUCAAUUCCUAAAUUUGAGGAUUCUGAGCCAUUCCCACCUAUUCCUAACCUGGAGGAACAAUCUCCUAUAGAAAGGGUAAAGGAUAAUAUAGAAGAGGCGGAGCCAUCUGUUACAAAACAAAAAGAUACUCUUGAUGAGGUAGUUUUCGAAUUAAAAUAUAAUUUGUAAUCAACAAUGUUAAAACAGGUAAAGUCGAUUGAUGACGAUUUCAUUCAAAACAAGGACGACAGCUUAGAAGUCACGAGUAAACUUCACAGGAAGAGACAACGAAAACCAAUAAAAGACGCGAAAGACACAUCGAAAGAAACAGUUGAAAAUCAGAAAAGAAAAAAAACUGAUCAGCCUGUCAAAGUAGGUCGGAGAACGAGAGCGGUAACGAAAACGGAAGAAAACUCUAAUCUCUCCAAAUCUGACACAUUUCCUGAAGAGAAAGAACAAGAAAAAAUUGAAAGAAUUGAAUUAAAAGAAGAAAAAUCUGUCGAUUUAACGACAACCGGAAGAGCCAAAUCAAAACGAACUGCUAAAGCUGCUGUUGAAGUAAAAACAAAGGGACGAAAAGUUACUCGUAAUAGAAGUGGUGUGUUAGAGUCUAACACGAAAGGUGAAUCUAAGCAAAAGGAAGAAACCAAUAUGGAAAAACCGAAAAGUGCGAGAGAUAAAAAGAAACUCGUUGUAAAAUAUGAUUUCGGUGCUUCAACAAAGAAAAACGAAGUCGGAUUAAAAUUCAGUCAUGACAAUAAUGAAGGCGAGCCAGAAGGCAGGCGAACGAGACGCACUAGAAAUGGUCUACAAGUUCAGAAAGGCUUAUCCGCAGGAUGUAAAACAAUAAUAGGCGUGUUGAAAAUGGCGUUUCAAACCUUAAAGCCGCUCAAUGAUAUACAUUUAGUAACCUCAUCCAGAACUGAUAAAGGAGUUCAUGCCUUGUGCAAUACGUUUCAUAUUGACAUUGACACAAGAUUUCAACUUACAACCUCAGCCAUAACUAGUCACGUCAACAAAAAGCUUGAAGAGCUACAUGAAAAUAUACGAAUACUGAAGACAAUAGCCGUUGAUGAUUAUUUUCAUUCACGCUACUGUGCCGUUUCCAGAACGUAUUUAUAUAGAGUUUUGAGUCCACAUGACACUUACAGUUUUGAAGGGAAAAGAUUUUGGGAGUUGCUAUAUCCUCCAAUUGAAUAUGGCAAAAGUUACCUCGUCCAUCGACCUUUAAAUAUGGAUCGUGUUAGAGAGGCCAUAUUACAUUUUAAUGGAACUCAUGACUUUAAGGCCUUCAUGUUACCUUCGUAUAUGAACGAACGAUCAAUUAACACUGUAAGAACUCUGAGCGCUUCUGUUCAAGAAAGUAAUUUUAUUCUUCAAAACUAUAUGCCCUAUAUGAAAGAAAAUAUUAAGAGUUAUGACUUCAUUUUCAAAUCUAGCGGGUUUCUAUAUAGGCAGGUUAGAAGAAUGACGUCGAUCCUUUUGAACAUAGGUCUAGAAUUAGAUGAUCCGAUAAUUAUUAAAGAGUUACUGGCUAAACCUUCACAUAACAAGUUUUUGAAAAUACACAGUAUUCCCGCCCACGGCCUCUACUUGUUAAACGUUAAAGCGCAAAUAAGUAAAGACACGACAUCAAUUUACCUAGACGAUGAAAGUGGAGAUGGGAAUGGAAGUGGUAACAUUCCUGAACAACCUGCAGAAGAGUUCCCAUAUUAUCGUCUGAUAAUGUGUUGUCAAGGAACGACUUGGAGAGAGGAGUAUAGAAAUAGAACUUCUGCACACUUCGAAGCUUUAGGAUCGAAGAUAUCACAGAAGAUUGACAAAAUAUUUUCAAGUCAACUGCGAACGUCUGAUUACUAUUUAAAAGUGCUGCAGUUUCGGGUUGUAAAUUACCGAAAGCGAAAGAGAAGGUCCCUUGACUCUUGUCAAGUUCUUGCGACUGUUGAUGUACGAAUUUUGGACGAAAAUAAAGAAGUGGCAGAAGCUUUAUUAAAUAAAAGCCUCACAAACUUCAAGUUUUAUAAAGCUCACCAACCAGUUGCUGACAAUCCUUGCCCUGAUUCAAUAGGAAAUUACUUAAAGAAGGGGGAAAAUAUUUCCUUAAACACAGAAAACAAAAUACCAGCUUUAACUAUUCCGUCGAAAUUAUCAGUGAAAUGUAAAGGAUUACUUUCAGGCAUUUCAAUGCUUGUCAUCAACAAAAGUGAAUUAACAGAUGUUAAUGGUCUCAUUUAUCUUACUAUUUGGAAACCGAUAUAUAAUAAAACCGUAUCCAAUAAGACUCCCUCAAUGUACAAAUUGUUAGACAAGAUAAACCUUCGAACAGAUAUUAUUCAUCAGGAAAUUCGACCUCGAAUACUCGUCUUUAAAGGUUAUAUGAUUGGCUUUGUCUACUCUUUGAAGAAGAAAAAAUAUUUCCCUUCUCUACAAGUGGGAAAGCUAAGUAACGAUGAAAAGUCUGAAAUAUUAGUGCAUCAACACUUCUACGCGGAUUAUUUGGUUAUCCGAUACCUUCUACAAUUUCACCCUUUUGUGAGAUUUGGGAAAGACGAUGUCCUAACGGAGCGUGUGUCCCAAGAGACUUAUAUUGUAGCCAGUGUAAGGUGGAAAGAGAGUGCAGUUAUCGUACCAUGUCAAAAAUUCAAGGAUUUGCAACAAAUUAAUGAUCGAACAAAAGCUAAUUCAUCUCAGACUCUAUUAUCACUUCUUCCAAAUAUACAAUUAUACGAAAAUUGUGAUCGUCUGUACAUAGCACAAGCUUUUAUAGGAUAUUCUUUUAAAAGUGAUAGACCUAACCAUGAACUCUUUUUGACUGUAUGGAGAAUUAUUGAGGAUAAAAAAUCACUGAAAUUGAUAAGUAAAACUAAGCUUGCUGAGAAUAAAAAAGCAAAAUAUUAUGAACUAAUAUCAGGAAGUUAUAUUGAGUUUAAUAAACAUGAUUUGAUUGGUAUUCUUCAGAGUAAAUCAGAAAUAAGUGAUCAGGUUUCAUCCGGUAUUGCUUUCGUUGAAGCUGAUGAUUAUGAAGUCUUUGCAUACGAUAUUCCUGAGGUUGAUAGUUCUGAACUUGAAGAAGGCUUUGAAAUUCUUCGAAAAAUGAAAAAAUCAAUUAAAAAUAGAAAAUAUGACAUUCAGAUUUAUUACGAGUCGAAAAUUGAGAUAGGAUCGACUCCAAGACCUUGUUAUGGAUGUGCAUGUGGUGGAAGUGCUGCCUGUCGAAAUGGAGGGAAAUGUGACGAAGAUAGUACUGGACGAUUUAUUUGUUACUGUGCUGCUGGAUUUGAAGGAAUCACCUGUGAAAUGACGAAGCAAGAAACCACUACUACCUAUCCUUCAUGUGGAAUAGGUCAAUUUUUAUGCUCAGAUGGCACAUGUAUCGAAAAUUAUCUUUUAUGUGAUACUAUUCCCAAUUGUUCAAAUGACGAGAGUGUUCAAAUUUUUUAUGUAGUGAUCAUAGUGACUGCAUAUCAGACAGCCUGCUUUGCGAUGGGUACAAUGAUUGUUCAGAUGGGAGUGAUGAGAGAAAUUGCCCUUUGUGAUGGUGAAAACAAUUGCUACGAUGAAAGCGAUGAAAGGCAGUGCCCGAUUUUGAACAACUGUUUGGAAAACAUCUGUUAUAAUGACGGAAAAUGCCUUUCUGUACAAAAUGGAAUCGUUACGUGUGAAUGCAGUGAUCGGUACUUUGGUUUACGAUGCGACAGAGAGUGUCCAGACGAAGAAUUUCUUUGCACAGACAAAAGUAAUUGUUUACAAAAAUCCAAGAUAUGCGACAGGUUGACACAAUGUGAUGACAACAGCGAUGAAUCAAAUUGCUCAGAUACGGUUUUAUAUGCCCGACCAAAACUAGUUCGAAUCUUAGUCGGAGAGGAUGUUAGAUUAGCUUGUGAGGCUGACAAACAAUAUAAAGAUAAGAAAAUAGAAUGGGUUAAGUCACCCAAUACUAUAAUAGAAGAUGGUUAUGAUUCUCGAAUGACAUACGAAGAAGGAUAUUUGGAUAUAUUAAACGCAAAAGAAACUGAUUCUGGAUUUUACUUUUGUCAAUUUAAAGACAAUAAACAAGUGAAAUCAGAUGAAUUAGAAUUAAUUGUUGAGUCAGAUCCUACUGAAGUUUGUCUUAAUGGAGAAUGUGACACAUUUUGCUCUCCUAAUGAAUUUAAAUGUGUAUCUGAGUCCACUUGCAUCAGUAUUGUCUACAAAUGUGAUGGUGUUUUUGAUUGCUCAGAUGGAUCUGAUGAAAUAUGUCCUGAAGGGGCAAGAAAAUUUAAUUGCUCCAGACUGACAAUACCUGAGGCUAAAUGGUGCGACUUUAAGCAACACUGUAUACGCUCUGAAGAUGAAGAAGGAUGCAAGGAACCAUUUAUUGUAAGCCAUCCGAAACCUACGUCACAAAAGAUUCAAGAGGGCGCAAGUAUACAACUAACAUGUGAAGCUAGGGGAGUUCCUCCUCCAGUUAUCAUAUGGCGUCUUAACUGGGGUCAUCUGAGAAAUUCAACAUCAGUCAAACAGUCAUGGAUGAGAUUGCCUAAUAACGAGGGAAGUGUAGGUAAAUUAAUUAUUCAACCUGUAACUGAAGAAGAUGAAGGAGCCUAUAAUUGUGAAGUUUUAAGCAAAUUAUCAACAACUCCACAUAUCAGUGAUGUCGCUCAACUCAUCGUGAUACCAUCAAAGCGUUACUGUGAUGCUUUCGGAUACUUCAAUGAAGUUGCAAACAGUAAAGAAGAUUGCAUUAGGUGCUAUUGCUCUGGUGUAACUCAUAAUUGUAAAGGAAACGAACGAUUUUAUACUUUUAUAACCCCAGCCAGUAAUGCAAUUCGGGUCAUGAACUUUGAUAGGAACGAGUACGUCAGGGAUUCUUUAAUAACAAGAACUGACAAUACCAAUCAACGAUACACGUUUAACGAGCAGUUUUCUUUCUAUGAUAAAAAUAGAUAUUACUGGUCUUUGCCAAAGCAAUUUUUAGGAAAUAAAUUAAAGUCGUAUGGAUCCAGUGUUCAAUUUUCUUUGAGUUAUUACCCUGAAGAUAAGCAAGAUGUAUUUAAAAAUUCUCCUGACUUUAUAAUACAAGGUAAAACUUAUAGUUUGUAUAACUAUUUUAAUGAAAAAACGAAAGUUCACAAAAAAAGAAUAAUUCUAACUGAGAAACAUUUCAUUCAUAUUAAUGGCUCCCGAGUCACUAGACAAGAUUUUAUGAUGAUUUUGAGUGAUAUCACCUCUAUCUAUAUAAAGGCAAGAUUCUCUUUUGAUCAGUCAGAAAGUCAAAUUCAACAACUUUUAAUGAGAGAAGCAACAGAAAAAGAGCAAAGUUCAGACCAACAAGAAAGUACUUUCUUAGUCGAAGAAUGUAGUUGUCCAUCUGGUUACAAAGGUUUGUCCUGUGAAGAAUGUGACGAAGGAUACGACCGUGAACACGAAAGCUUGUCAUAUGGAAGAUGUAAACCUUCAAAAUGUAACUGUAAUGGACAUGCUGAUAAUUGUGAUUCUCAAUUUCAUUGUCUUGGGUGCCGUGACAACACAGAGGGCAAUAAUUGUGAAAAAUGCUCAGAAGGCUAUUAUAUGGUAAAAAACAAUAAUCCAAAGGAUCGAUGUCAACGAUGCCCUUGUCCCGCUUAUAAUAAAUAUGAUCAGUACGUUUAUGGUUGUUAUUUAAAUGAAGAAGAUGAAGUUGUUUGUCGAUGUCCUGAAGGCUACGAAGGCAAAAAUUGUAACAUGUGUUCCACGGGUUAUGAGGGUGAUCCUAGAUUGGGAAAAGAAUGUACGGCUAUUGGCCAAGAUAGAAGAUGUGAUCAAGCUGGAAGUUUUAACCCUGAUUCUUAUGAUAUUUGUAAUUGCAAACCUGGUUCAACGGGACUAUACUGCAAUGUUUGCAAGAGGGGUUAUUUUAAUCUUCAUUUAGAAAAUCCUGACGGGUGUUUAAAGUGUUUUUGUAAUAAUCAAAGCCUAGAUUGUCAAUCCGGUGACUUUACUGUUUACAAAAAAAUAUUCAACAAAGAAGACUAUAACGCUAUAAAACUUAUUGAUGAAAGAGGUAAUGAAAAAUAUCAUGAUUUUUAUUUUGUCGAUGCUGCAAGAAAACGAGUAGAAAUUAGAGAUUUAGACAAUAUACGUAUAUCUCUCUAUUGGUAUAUUCCAUCUGCAAUCUUAGGAAAUUUGAUUCUGUCUUAUCGCGAAUUGUUAAUAUUUAACUUUUUCUACGAUGGCUCAGAAAGUGGAAGCUUUGAGAUAAUAUUACUGGAUAACAUGAAUCGUAGAAACUCUUUCGAUUUUAUGGCGUAUUGCGAUGAGAGGCAUGAAUGCACGAGUCAGAGUCGUAUAGAGCUAAAAGAAGAAAAUUUUGGUAUUGGUAGAAGUGAGUUUAUGAAAGUUUUGAGCGACACCAAGGCUAUUUUAAUAACUGCAACAUCAAGUGAAUUCGUUAAAUCAUCUCGAUUAAGCGACAUUGAAAUAACCCAAGGCAAUUGGAAAGAGGGGAACUUCGAUACUGGUCGAAAAAAUAUGGCUUUAGAACACUGUAACUGCCAAAGAAACUUUAUAGGAACUUCAUGUGAAAAAUGUCCAAUAAAUCAUUUUCAUUCACAUGAUUCGUGUGUACCUUGUCUCGAACAUUGUAAUGGAUAUUCAAAUACCUGUGAUGCCACUACCGGUAAAUGUACGCACUGCUUGUAUCACACAACUGGAGAUAGAUGUGAAAACUGCGAAAAAGGCUACAUUGGUAAUCCAACUCAGCAUCCUGGGGGACGCAAUGCUUGUAUAUUCGAAGGUGAAUGCAAUUUUUGCGAUGAAUUGGGCACAAUUCCCAUAGAACCUCGCUGUUAUCCUGAAACAAGACAAUGUAUAUGCCAAAAAAAUGUAAUUGGCAGACUUUGUUCAGAAUGUGUAUCAGGAUUUUUUGAAUUUUUGUCUACUUAUAAGCCUCCCUGCACGACAGAAUGUUUUUGUAGUGAUCAAUCAUCCCACUGCACAAGCAGUAAUUUUUAUUGGCGAGAAAAAUUGAUCACUUCUAAUGUGUUAGCCAUUGACUUAGAUUCAAAUACAUUAAUCAAUGACGAGUGCUCUGGAUGUUUAAAAAGUGAUUCGUACGGCGAAUUUACUCUACAUAUUGCUGAAAAUUUGAGAAAUCGUGUUUGGUAUUUUAGUUUAAGUGAAAUACAGGGCGAUUUAAGUUCUGGUUAUGGUGGUAGGAUCUUUUUCAAUUAUUACACCGAAUCUUUAAACAGCAACUGGGGAUUAAAUCAUGCUGAUAUUAUUCUAGAAAGUACAGAUGGAUACAAAAUCUCAUCCCAGUUCCAAGAUCAUGCAAAUUUCGUAUCUUCGAAUAGGAAAAUUACUAUCCUGUUAAGAGAAGAUCAAUUUUUUAACGAUAUAAAUAGGCAUGCUGUAACUAGAAGACAGUUUAUGAAUAUUCUAAUUCACUUAAAAUCUGUUUAUAUUCGAGCGACUAGAGAUGCAUCGACUUUCAGUUCAUCGAUUAAUUCGAUUUAUUUUCAAGUUGGUGAUAGCGAAAUCGAUGCUAGUGGUCUUGGAAAAGCUUCAAGUAUUGAAAAAUGCGCGUGUUCACAUCCUUACUCUGGAGGGAGCUGUCAUAAAUGCGUUGAUGGUUUCAGACCUGUAGGAUCAAUCGCAAUGAGAACUUUUAAGACUGUACAAGCAAUACUGAAGGUAGUGACUGCUCCAAGUGCAGAAAGGGCUAUUUUAAAGUUAAGACUGGCAAAACAACUUUCACAUGUCAACCUUGCUCGUGUCCGUUUCAAGAGGCAAACUACGCUGAGGAUUGUCAUCACAGCCUUGCAAAAAAGCAAAUGGUUUGUCGUAAUUGUUAUAAGGGCUAUGAAGGAAAAUGGUGUGAAAAAUGUUCACAAGGCUAUAAAAAAUCCUAUUUCCCAAUCUUUCAAAACAAUAGAUUUCCAUGUUUAUGUGCUAAAAGACGAAGCUAAAAUUAAUGCCGAAGAAGGUAGCACAGUGGAACUAAGAUGCCGGACUCAAUCUCAGACGUCAUUGUUUGUAAUAACUUGGAAAGACCCAAAGGGUGAAAAAAUUGAAGGGAAUUCAAAUACUGCUGGUAUACUUUCUAUUCCCAAUGUGAAAGUUAGUGAUUCAGGUCGUUAUACUUGCAUUGGCGUUCAAAAAUCCACCGAAGUGGAUCCUGGCGAAUAUAAAACUGACUCUGCUUAUGUGAGCCUAAAUGUUCGAGCAUUAUAUGCAAAUAAACCGCAGAAUAUACGAAUACAAAGAAGCGAUGGACUUUUGGUUAAGGAUUCAACAACCUUAAAUAUUGUCGCUGGCACUAAAGUGAAAUUAUCUUGUAUAGCAGACGGCGAAAAUAUUCAAUAUUCUUGGAUGUGGAAUGAUGGGACUCAAAGUUAUGUUUCAUAUCUUUUAAUAGAAUCUGCAAACAAAUCUAUUGAUGAUGGCUCCUAUGAAUGUGAAGCAAAAAAUGAUGCUGGCUAUGCAAAUAUACGAUUACAUUUGCGUGUGAUUCCUUCGAAAACAACUUAUGGCCCGCCUCCACCCACAACCCCUCCUCCAGUCAUGCCACCAUCUCGUAAGCCUGAUAUCUUCAUUCCGAAUUCGUAUUCAACUGUACGAAAGAAUGAUAAUUUAACUAUUAUCUGUGAUUUUAUUGGGGACAAACCUGAAAAAUUUUGGUGGAUCUUUAAACAGAGAAAUGUUGAAAAACAUCUGCCGCCAAAUGUCAUCUUAACAGACAACUCAAUACGAAUACAGAGAGUAAAUCAAAAUAACAGUGGGGAGUAUAUCUGCAAUGCUAGAAAUCGUCAUGGUAUAUCUCAGUACUCUGGCUUUGUUAGAGUUAUCAAACACAUAACUUUAUCCUCAACUUACAAGGAACUUUACAUUAACGAAAAAUUCGAAGUAACUUGUCGAGCAGAAAAUAAUACACGAGUAUCUUGGAGUUUCAGUUCAGGGAAACCGUUUCCACAAGGAAUUAAAGUUGAUGGAGAAAAACUUGUUAUUAAAUUUAAUCCUAAACAGCAAGGAAUUUAUGUUUGUAAAAGCAAAUAUGGAGCUAUUGACUUCACUCUGAAAGCUAAACGUGCUGAUUCAAUUGAUAUCGAGAAGAAAGUGUUAUUUGGAGAAAGUUUAACCUUAAUUUGUCCAAAUGUUAAAAACCCCGAUAAUGUGAGAUGGUGGAUAGAAUCAAGAGAUUCUUCUACUCCUAUUUACGAUAGGGAGAAGGCUAUUUUCAGUAGUGUGACGAAAGAAGGUGUUCAUACUUGUGAAGAAAAGUGCGAUGAUGUUAGCAUAUGCUAUAAAACAUUUUACAAUUUUCAAAUAAUCAUUCAAAAAAGAGCUCCAAAAUUGCAAGGAGAUAAAGCUAUUGUUCCUACUGAAACCCGACUGAUUCUUGACUGCCCAUUAACAAAUGCAGAUAUUGUCUAUCCUAAGCCAACAAUAUUUUGGACAUGGGAAAACAAUCCUAAUUUGCCAAUUUUGAGUCAAAUUAACGCGGAUGGCGAUUUAGUGUUUGGCAGAUUUAAAAGUGAAUAUGCAGGAAAGUAUGUUUGUACUGUACAAAAUAGCGAAGGACAGGAUGACAUGACUUGGUUGGUAGAAAGAGGCGAGAAUCAACAAGUUUUUAUACCCUUUUUCAAUGAGAAAGAUGACACAUAUCUGGCUUUAAAAGCACCCUCAGUUAAAAGAUCUCUGAAUUUUAAAGUUGCAUUUAAAUCUUUCGAUUUAUCAGGGAUUCUCCUGUUUCAAGGAGAUGUCGGUAAAAAAUCUGAUUACUUUAGCUUGAGUCUGGACAAUGGACAUGUCACUUUUCGCUACUUUUUGGGCAAAGUACCGGUUACAAUAAAAUCCAAUGAUAAGAUAGACCUCGACAAAUGGUAUGUAGCAUCCAUUAUAAGACCGGAGCGAUCCAGCUUCGGAGUACUAAGAGUCGAAAAUGAAGUAUUCAAUGGAACCAAUACCAUAUCAAGUGGUAUGGAAACAACCAGUCCAUUGUUUCUUGGAGGUAUUCCUUCGACAACAAAUGAAAAUGUCAAAAAGUUUAUUAAUUAUCACAAGAACUUUAACGGCGUAAUCAGCUAUUUAUCAUUCAAUCAAAAAGAAUUAAACAUGCUAGACUACGAGUACCUAAACAUGGUAGAAAACUAUGAUACGUGUUCAAGAGAUGCUCCGUGUGGAAAUGGAAAACAGUGUGAAAAUGCUAAUGUUAAAUAUGGCGCUUUAUGCUUCAAUUUAGAUUUUGAACAUUGUAGAGAUACUUGUCCAGCUACUCAUUUAUGCCAGUCUCAACCUUAUUCUGAUUAUCAGUGUAAUUGUAAAUUGGGUUUCAAUGGAGAAACAUGCGAGAAAUACACAAAGACUAUACCAUCUUUCAAUGGUCAUUCUUAUAUGCAAAUAAAGCAUCCUCAACAAAAUCUAAAAACUAAUAUUUCACUCGAUUUAAAACCUACUUUUCUUACCUUACCAUCGAUUAUAUUAUUUAUGACGGCUAACAGAGAGAAUACUAAAGACUACCUGUAUAUAAUGUUGGAUACAAAUGGCUUUCUGAUCUUUGUCUAUUACCUUGGACAUAAUGAAGCAAUAUUGUCAUCUAAAGUACCACUUUCUGAGAAUGAAUGGAGUACUAUUCAAAUUAUCAGAAGAGCCAAUCUUGCUUCCCUAUAUGUUAAUGGCACAAUUCAUGACGAAGGUGAUUCCGGGAAAACUUCGAAAGGAUUAAAUGUCCUUGAUACCCUAUGGUUAGGCGGUAUAGCGCGAACACAGACCUCACCUAAAGAUCUCUCAGGAUUUGUCGGAUGCAUAGAUAAUCUUCAAUUGGAUGGAAAUAAAUUCGAUUAUAAUCUUAACCUGAUAAUUAAUAGCAAAACUGUUACCCAAUGCAAUGAGAAGUCUUUAUGUAAGGAAUAUAUUUGCCAGAAUGGAGGAACAUGUAUUGAAGACCGACCAAGAAUGAUUGCUAAAUGCUUAUGCCCAGAGCUAUUCACAGGCGAAAAAUGUGAAAAUGCUGUUAAUAUGUGUGAAAUGAAUAGUACGUUAUGUGGUAGAGGUACUUGCAUAUUUUUAAACCCGGGAUUCAAAUGUGAUUGCGGGGAAACAAGGAAAUAUGGAGCAUUCUGUUCACUAGGAAAAUAUUUCAGUAAGAGCCUGCAUGUCAGCAAUCAUGGUUACUUAGUUCUCAAAGAUGACGUUAUCAAGCCCUAUUUAAGAGAUAUAAUGGUGAUACGACUAAAUAUAAAAACUAAGAAGACUUCUGGUUUAAUAUUCUUACAAUAUCAAAAAAAUGGGCCUGAUUUACAAGCCCUUUUGUUAUUGGAUGGAAAAUUACAAUUUCACUACAAUCUUGGAUCAAAUUUGACUAUUGUGAAGUCAAAUAUGUUCCUAGCCAAUGGUUUAAAACAUUCAAUAGUAAUUGAAAGAAGUGGAAAACAAGUUUUUGUAAUAAUAGAUGAUAAGACUGAUUCAUCAGACAUUUCUCCCGGAAAAAUGCAAACUUUGAAUACAGACAGCGAGUUUUACUUGGGUAGUUCCUGUGCUAUUCCUAUGAGUUUAAGGAGUAAAAUAGCAAACUUCACGUAUUAUUUUGACUAUUUUGAUGGCUGCAUUUGGGAUUUAAAAGUCAGCAACAAAACAGACACGAUGGUUGAUAUAAACUUGAAUGAUUAUGCUAUAAUGGAACAUAACGCUUGGACUUGUAUAUAA